ACACCAGCACCUUUAGGCCGGAAUGCAACCCUUGUAACCUUCAAAAGGGAAUAAAACAAAACAAAUAUUUUUGUGAAGUUAUCAAAGUUUGCAAACACCGGACGAUAACAUUCGCUUACUUUAAAUUUUCAGCCAUAACACAAUGGAGGAACUUCGAAAAUCGGAUAUUCCAUUUGAGGCUUUUAGCGGCCAUGAGCCUUCAAAGCACGUAAAGGUGCCUCAGGAUAUAGCUAAAUGGCAACGUUCGGAAGCUUACUAUGAUCUGAUGGGCUUUAUAAACGCUGUUAGUUGCGCAAUUCAAGGAAAACGUAUUAAUGAUCCCAGCAUUUAUGUAUCGCCCAUAAUGAAAAAUUUAGUUGCUGUUUUUGACAAACUCAAUAAGCUAGUUGAUGAGUCGCCUCCAGUUGAUCAGCCUACACGUUUUGGAAACAAGGGCUUUCGUGUGUGGGCCAGUAAAAUGCAUCGCGAUAUAUUUUUAUACUUGAAGGAAGCACUGCCACAGGAAAAGUGUGAUCUAUUCACUGAACUGGGAUCCUAUCUAAGCGAAUCAUUCGGCAAUUCCGUGCGGAUUGAUUACGGUACAGGGCAUGAAUUGUCGUUUAUAUUCUUUCUCUGUGCACUAUUCAAGGCUGAAUUAUUGACGGAAGAAGACAGCGUAGCUUGCGUAUUACGUUUGUUCAAUACCUAUUUAAUUUUUGUGCGCCGCCUACAAAAGGAAUACCACUUAGAACCAGCUGGCAGUCAAGGUGUUUGGUCACUGGAUGAUUUUCAAUUUGUGCCAUUCAUUUGGGGCAGCGCUCAAUUAGCAUUCAAUAGCCCAUUUGAACCGGUGCGCUUCUUAGACGAUGAUAUUAUCAACGAGUACAAAGACGAAUAUUUGUUUAUUGGUUGUAUCGAUUAUAUCAACCAAGUAAAAACGGGACAUUUUGCAGAGCACUCAAAUCAGUUGUGGAGUAUUUCGGCAGUACCAACAUGGUCGAAAAUAAACAGCGGAUUGAUUAAGAUGUACCAGAAGGAGAUAUUGUCUAAAUAUCCCAUAAUGCAGCAUGCACUAUUUGGUAAAUUGCUCCGAUUUGAACCUGUAAAACCCGGUACGACUUUGCCUGUAGCACGUUUAGGUUUUAUACACCCUGCUUCUACGAAAUCGUCAAUGAAUUCAAUAAGUUCGCGCAAACUGGCUUCGCCAACGUUGCAAUGUUCGGAAAAGGAUGAUGAAAGUGUGUCCAAAUCCACAACAGUAUCAGAGACCACAAUAAAAACCAAGGACAUAGAUCUAACUGAAAAAUCGGGUUAAACCGAAACUUACAGCUUGUUGCUAAAAGAGGAAGUAAAAAUAUUUUAUGUAAUAUAUAAUGCUACUAAAUAUGCAUUUUAUUGACAAUUGUAAAUAGUAUCUUUUUAUGUAAGCUGAGCUGCAUUAAAUUGAGCGUUUUACUUGCUUGCAAUAGGUGCAA